CCGUCCUGUUGAUAUGCCUGCACCUACCUGAGGUCGGGGCCAUGGCAGUGGGUCGCUUGUAAAGUUACUCUUAGAACUAGACACUUAACCUGGUGGCUGAGUUUAGGUGCAGCUGGAGGUGUACGAAGCACCGAAAGAACACGAGUGCUGUGAAAUACAAGGUCUGCACUCCCUGUUCUACGGCACGUUCAGGCUAGCGAACAGGAAAACAGUCAAACCUAUAGGGGAAAGCCAGAGUAAAGACAAAGGCGGUUCCAGUAUGACCGCUACAGCCUGGCGUACGUUGAGGAUUGAACGAAAGGCUGUGCUCCGACCUCCGACUCCGCGACUUUGCUUAUGCUACUUCUUCCUGUUCAGUAAAGGCUUAUCUUCACGCCUUGGAACAAAACAUGAUCCAAAGCCAUCCGAGUCUGUAGGCAUUUCAUACAGAAUUUCCGCACGCCAUCCAUCGAGAUCGAUCACUAAGAAUGCAUUCGUUGGCAUUGGUGAGAAGAUUGCCUGCGAAAGUCCCCUACACAGGCAGUUGUCUCUUCAGGCUCCCACAUAUGAUCCAGGCUAUCGCUGCAAGGCGCAGCCACUCGAUGUGGCUGAGACAUGCAGGCCAGUGAGUAGUCUAUUUAUCCCUGCAACACCAAGCAAUCCAGCCAUACAAAUCCUACAAAUAGAGUUGCACCUUUGUUCGUGCAACUCGGAUGCAGGCCGGGUCAGUUGCAGCGCCUAAACCCUCCCAAGGGCCUGCAUCACCAUCCGGGAAAUUGUGACGGCGAAGCAAUGGACUAUGCAGGCAACCAGUACCUAUAAUUGGUGCUGGUGACCCGGGCGCUAAAUCCCUGCCUACGGCGUACCCUGCCGUGUGUACAUCUGGACUGGUGGGCAUGAUGGGCGGCGAAUGGAGGGG